UUGUAAUGGUACAUCCAGAGGGAAUAUUAAACAUCUUAGGUCCAUCAGUUUGUAGCUUAACAGCGGCCCUACGUGUUUGCAUAUUACUCCGCAUCCAUAUGCGCAAUUGUCCUUCCUCAAAAAACAAUAGUCCACUAAGGGAAUAUAAACAUCACAUCUACCAAAUAUUUCAGACAUAAAAUAAUCAAUCAAUCAAUACACCUGUUUUUUAAAACAGACAAAUAAAUUAACCUUUCGUCAAACAACAAGAUCAUUUUCAACAAAAAUAAUAAAUAAGAUCCGGUUGCACGGACAGGAAGCUAGGAGAGUCUCAUGGCGCCCGACUAGAAUGAAGCAACAAUUAUCGGUUACUAUUUUCUGUCCUAGUAAGCGCAUCUACACUAAAGGAUACCCUUCUACUCGAACAUAAACGUCAUGGAUUCAGAGGAGAAUGAGGUGGAGAGCAGCAGCGAUGCGGGUCCUUCGGGGAUGGAGGAGCCGUCUGAAAGCGGCAUGGGAGUGGAGUCAUCAGAGGCCAUGUCUGCAGACAGCAGUGAUGCUGCUGCCUCUCAUGCACAGGCCCCUGAGUCCGACUGCCAUGUUGGACAGAGCUCAGAGGGACUUAUGGUGUUCGCCCCAGAAACCAGCUCCAGUACAGACGCCAGAGUUUCAUCAGUCCAUCUCCCAGACUCCUCCUCAGUGGCUCAGUCCACCAGCGUGUCCAGCGUCUCCACAGUGACUCAGUCGGUGAUGGUGUCUGAUUCAGCCCAAGUGCUGGUCCACUCCAGUGCUACAUCUGAAGGAUCCAUGAUGGUUUCUGACUCCACUGCUUCUACCUCGUCAGAUCUCGGGUCUGCCAUUGACAAGAUCAUAGAGUCCACCAUCGGCCCUGACAUCAUGAAUGGUUGCAUAGCUGUGACCAGUGCAGAAGCUGGAGGUGCAGAAACAACCCGAUAUUUGAUAUUACAAGGACCAGAUGACGCCAUAGAAGCUCUUGCUGAAGGACCCACCUCCACCUGUCUGGACCAGGGAGAACUGCGGCGCCACCAUGACCCUGAUCAGCCGGGCCCCUCGGGGUACCCAGAGGACAGCAGCAGUCAGCCCGACCAGCCCCAGCACUCCCACCCUUCCCAGUACAUGGACUGCAGUGCAGACGGUCCAGACCAGACGGGGGAGUCUUCAUCUUCCUAUGUGGAGUGUUCAGGCGAGGAGCCCGACCAGACCCGCUCCCAGUCUGGUUUCCCUGACUACAGCGGGGAUAACAGUGACCAGGAUCUGCCUGGAUAUGUGGAGUGCAGUGGGGCGGACUCGAACCCAACCAGCCGGGGUCACUAUGUUGUAGACUGCAGUGCUGGGUACAUGGAGUGUUCGGUGGACGAUGGGGCGCGACCGCAUCAUUCACGCAGUUACAUUGACAGUAGUGCAGACCACCGGACUCAGACAUUAAGACAAUAUGUGGCCCAGUAUGUAGGGGAGUGUGUCGCAGCUGCAGACUCUGAGCAACCGGAAUGCUCUCAGUAUCAAGCAAGGGACGAUGAUGAAGAUGACGAGAAUAACCAGGAUCCAGACCAGCCGCAGCACUCUCAACAGCAGCCCCAGCACUCCUGUUACAUGGCAAGCAGCAACGGCCCAGAGGCCUCCAUCUAUGAGGAUGACAGCUCCUCUUCGGACCACCCUCUGGCAGACACAGCAGGCUCAGUGGGGCUUCCUGAGUCAUUGGAGUGCAGCGAGAGCCAGUCUGGGAUGUACAUCAGCAGCAGUGGGACUUACACCUCUAAUACAGAGCCUGAGUCAGCCCAACAGUGCUCACCUAGCCAAGAGGAGCCCCAAGGCUCCCAGGGGCCUCAGGAGGAAGCAGGGCCGGCCAGGGAGAUGGAGACAUCUACAGUGCCAGAAGUCUCAGGACACAGAGCACCUAACCUGGCUGAGUUGGAGGAGAUGAUGGAAGUAGUGAUUGUUCAGCAGUUCAAGUGUAAGAUGUGUCCGUACAAGAGUGUCUCCAAAGACACACUCAUCAACCACAUGAGAGACAAACACUUCAAACCUGUAGGGGAAAUGCCAAAAAAGCGUAAACGUGGGAGGCCUCCUAAAAGUGAGACGUUUGCCCGUCGUCAGGCAGAGAGGGUGGAAGCUGAAGAGAGGAAGGCAGCAAAAGCUGAGGCUGCUCAGCCCAAACAAGCAGAAGAAGAGGAGGAUGAUAUUGUGGAUUCGGGCGCUAUUGAUGAUGCUGAAGAGGAUAGUGAUUACACCCCUGCAGACGAGGACAGCAAAGGAAGACCACCUGCCAUUUUGAAGAAGUCCACUCCUCCAAUCUCUUCCUCCUCUCAUGGUCGUCCUCGGCGUAAAGUUGGCCGUCCAAGGAAGUACAGCCUUAUAGAAGAAGGCUACAGCAACAAAGAAGCAGAAAGUGUUGCUAAGAAGCCGAGGGUGAGUGUGGAUGGUAGUGCGCCUGAAGAGGCAAGUUCGUCCGGACUCAACAACAGUCAUGCUAUGGUGACCGAUGGAGACACAGCUGAGGCAGCAAUUAGCCAAUCAGACUCUGAGAACAAAGACCCUUCAUCCAACACACAGCCAGAAGAAUUGUUUCAGAGGAAACGUGGUCGACCCUCCAAGCGUUUUCUUCGCAAGAAGUAUAAGAAGUAUAUCAACCGAAAUCGGUACUAUAAAUCCUUGAAACCGCUCCUCAGACCUCAUAACUGCUGGAUUUGUGGCUCACGCUUCCUCACUCAAGAGGAUUUGCGCUUCCACGUGGACUCUCAUGAAGGCAAUGACCCGGAGCUCUUCAAGUGCCUGCAGUGCAACUAUCGCUGCAAGCGCUGGUCUUCACUUAAGGAACACAUGUUCAAUCAUGAGGGCAUCAAGCCGUUCAAGUGUGACGAGUGUGAUUACUCAAGUGUCUACAAGAAAGAUGUCACGCGCCACUCAACAGUCCACAACAAAGACAAAAAGAAAAAGACAGAGUUGGUACCAAAAGUGUCAGAGUUCCUCUGCCCUGUGUGUCACAGGGUUUACCCCAUGCAAAAGAGACUGACCCAGCACAUGAAGACCCACAGCUCAGAGAAACCACACAUGUGUGAUAAGUGUGGAAAAUCCUUCAAGAAACGUUACACAUUCAAAAUGCACCUACUGACCCACAUCCAGAGUCUAGGAGACAGCAAGUUCAAGUGUGAAUAUUGCGAUUACACCUGUGACAACAAGAAGCUGCUGCUCAACCAUCAGCUGUCCCACACCAACGACCGGCCCUUUAAGUGUGACUACUGUAAAUACUCCACUUCUAAAGAGGAGUUCCUGGUCUCCCAUCUGGCCAUCAAACACACAGGAGAGAAGCCUUUCUCCUGUCAUCUGUGCCACUUCAUGACAAAGCACAGGAAGAACUUGCGUCUACAUGUGCAGUGUCGCCACCCUGAGACGUUUGACGAUUGGUCUGUGGCCCACCCUGAGGAGCCGGUCAGGAGGCGACGCAGACCCUUCUUCACCCUGCAGCAGAUAGAGGAGCUCAAACUACAACAGCAUGACGACACACAGGAUUUGCAGAACACUAUUGUUGCUGUGGAUUCUGCCACACUACAAGCCAUGCAGGGUUUGGAAAAUGCCUCUGUGUCCCAGGACGCUAUGGGCAACACCACCAUCAUCUAUGAACAAGCUGAAUCCAGUGAUCAAUCCGCCCAGAAUGCCCUUGACCUGCUGCUGAAUAUGAGCAAUGCCCGGGAACUGGUGAGCAACGCCUUACAGGUGGCAGUGCUGAAGUCAGAAGGCAAACCUUUGGAAAAGGGCACGUGGAGUGCAGUGACCUCAGCUCCGGGACAGGCACAAAAGGUUGUGACCUUCCACGUUUCGGAGAACGGUGAGACGGUGCUACAAGAGGCCUACGAGACGGCCACCUCUGAGACAGGAGAGCUCGCCCAGAUCGCCAUCGAAGCCUACGAGAGCGGGGGGGACUUCAGUGUGGUGGAACAGGCGGCCGAAGAGAUCCACAGCCCUGGAUACAGUAACGAGGAGGGCAGUCCUUGUCAGGCUGAAGUCUCCGGAUCAGAGAGCAUGAAGGGUGAAAAGUACUACCUUACAUCUGCACUACCUGAUGGUGUUCUGCAACAGGUGGAGCUGUGCAGCGAAGCUCCAGCCUCUCCGUCUGCCAUGGGCUCUCCCGGUUUGAGCACAAAGAGGUUUUCCUGCCGAAUAUGCAUGGAGUCGUUCCACGGACGCUCUGACAUGGAGAACCACAAGAGGGCACACAUAGACCCCAACACCUUCAAGUGUCCUGACUGUGAUUAUAACUCCACCUCCUGGCUCGAGGUCAAGACUCACAUGGAGCUUCAUUCCUACCUACGCCCUCACAAGUGUCCAAGCUGUAGUUUUGCCUCCAAGAACAAGAAAGACCUGCGCCGACACAUGAUGACACACACCAAUGAGAAACCGUUCUCCUGCCACCUUUGUGGACAAAGGUUUAACCGUAAUGGCCAUUUGAAGUUUCAUAUGGAGCGUCUCCACAGUCAGGAUCAUCUCGCUCGCAAGACGCGUACCGCUUCAUCUCAGCAAACUAUCAUAGUGAACAGUGAUGAGGAGGCCCUGGCAACACUACAAUCCCUACAGGCUCAUCAAACAGUGAUCACUCCAGAGCGGUUGCAGGCUUUGGGACAUGAUCACAUCAUUGUAGCGCAGGAACAGGGACUAUCAGACCAGGAGGAGGGGACAUACAUCCAGCAGAUAACCACCAUAGAUGGACAAACAGUGCAGCACCUGAUGACAGGAGAGAACCAGGUGACUGAGGUUCAGUAUAUCAUCUCACAAGAUGGAGUGCCGCACCUAAUCCCUCAGGAGUAUGUGGUCGUAUCUGAUGGCAACCACAUACAGAUGCAAGAUGGACAGAUCAUUCAGUAUGAGCACGACGGAACCUUUCUGCAGGAGCAACAGAUUGCUGUCAGUCAUGACGGUCAGAUCCAGUAUAUACCCGUGAGCUCGGGGGAACAGAUUGUGAAUCCUGAAGAUAUGGAGGCCGGUACCCACUCUGCUGUCACAGCUGUAGCAGACGCAGCCAUGACGCAGACGGUCUACACUGAAGCUACACCCGAACAGCUGGAGCAGCUCCAGCAGCAAGGCAUCCAGUACGAUGUCAUUACUUUCACAGACGAAUAGACGGCUUUUCAAACCUACAAACCACUAUGCACUGACAAGUAUAGUGACCUCAACGAAUUCAUGCAUUCAGCUGGCUGUAAACUAAGCUUAUCUCCUCCACAGUAUCCUCUGCUUGGGGGCAGUUGCACUGUUUAAUAAGAUUUUUGUAAAUGCUAAUUAUUGCACACAUUGCUUCUAACCUAAUCAUAGGGGCUGUGCAUUUAUAAGAUGAUUUAGCAAGGUUGUUCUAUAUUGUAAUUAAUACAAAUCAUUUGUGUUUACGUCCCUCAACUGCCUCCAUUUGCAAGACAAUGUUAUCAAAAGAAAUGAAACAGCUUAUAUCAUGUUUUAGAAAAUAUCCAGAGCAUCCAUGUAUAAACAUUAUCAUUUUUGAAUGGACUGAAAUGAAAAGGGAGUGUUUAUUUUUGAUCUGUUAUAAUGAUGUUAAUUGUUAGAAUGCCUCAACAUUGUGUUUACUAAGUAUAAAUAUGUACAUAUCUGUUGCAUUGUUCUUCUUUUCCGUGAUGGAAGAUAUGUUUCGAUUUGGUGAAUAUGAAGUGUUUAAUAGGCUGAAAGCUGACACCAAAUAAAUCACUUUGUGUAUA